UAUCAAGUGUUACAUCCACUUCCUUCUCGUGAAGACCGUGUACGAAAGAGCGUCCCCCACUUUGAGAAAAACACCUUAUUUUCCAGGAAGUGCGAAAAAAAGUGGAAACAUUCUGCCUGGUAUUAUAGACCCAUCAUCAAGAUGAUUUUAUUAGAAAUAAAGAACAGAAUAAUUGAAGAGACGCUUCUAAACAAAUUCGAAGUAGCACAAGCCGGAGGAAAGCCUGAUGGAAUUGACAUAAAAGUAGCAGACUUUGAUGGGGUUCUCUACCACGUUUCUAAUCCGGACCAAAACAAGCUUAAGCUCAUGGUCAGUGUCAGUCUGAAAUUCUACAAGGAACUAGAGGAGCAUGGAGCAGAUGAGCUCCUUCAACGUGAGUACGGCAGCUACCUGACCACUCCCGAGAGCAACUAUAGCGUGACGCUGCUGAUUGACUUAGAAAACGUACCGACCAAUAAGGAAGAGGUGGCCGCCAAGGUGGCGCUCCUCAAAAGGAACUGCUUUGCCUCCGUGUUUGAGAGGUACUUCAAGUACCAGGAGAAUGAGGUCACCAGCAAGAAAAGGGCCAUCAUCAACUACAGGGAAGAUGAAACCAUGUAUGUCUCAGCAAGUAAAGACAGAGUCACUGUAAUCUUCAGUACGGUUUUCAAGGACAACGAUGACGUCAUUAUAGGAAAAGUUUUUAUGCAAGAGUUUAAGGAGGGGCGCAAGGCCAGUCACACCUCACCCCAGGUUCUCUUCAGCCAUAGAGAGCCGCCCCGUGAACUUCAGGGCUCGGACGCAAGGACGGGAGAUAACAUUGGAUACAUCACAUUCGUAUUGGAGCCACGUCACACAAACGCGGGUGCGAGAGACAACACUAUCAACCUCAUCCAUACGUUCCGAGACUAUCUACACUACCACAUCAAGUGCUCAAAGGCUUACAUCCAUUCCAGAAUGAGAUUUCGCACCUCUGAGUUCUUGAAGAUCCUCAACCGAGCUCAUCCAGAAGACCCCAACCAGAAAGACAAGAAGAAGACCACCGUAACAGGGAGAACAUUUGUCCAGCAAUAGAAACAUUAAAAAUCGCGGAAGAACAAGAGACGUGGAAAGAUUUGGAACACAAAGAUCAGGACCCGCCUUGAGACUGAUAUACUUCACAUGGAAACGGCCUACGAACUCUGAUCCUCACAAUAGAGCCCCCGCCCUCCCCCCUCCCCCCCCCCCCCUAUGACCCCCUUCAUUUGGAGUCCAUAGUCUCAAACUGUGCUGUUUGAUAAGUUUGAUAUUAACAUCCUUGUAUAAAAAUGAUCAAUUUCAAUGAUUUCAUUAAACUCCUCUAUCUGAACUCAAGUUGAGCCUGUGUGUAUGAUACCUCCGUCACACCACCACACCAACUUCUCAACGAGCCUUAGAGCACUUUCAAAAUACCACUUGUUUCCUUUCGCAAGUCAGAAAGACAAUGUAAAACAAACAUGUAUCUCUAUAAGUCCAGAAGUCUUACCUGUGAAAAAAAAAUAUAGUCUUUCUACUCAAAUAUCAGCAAUUGCCCUUGUAAAUUUGCAGCUCUUUAUACCACUUGUGCUUGUAUAUUUGGUAUGAAAUAUGGUCGUAUCAAAACUUACCCAGUUGUAGAUGGUUUGAAAUAAGAUAUUUAAACAUAUUCUUGGACCCCUUUGAAAAACACCUUAUAGCUGACAAGGGCAAUCCAUCCCAUGAGUGGAGAAUAAAUAAAUAAAUAAAUAAAUAAAAAAAAUAAAACGAUUAAAUAGCUCUUUAGGUACUCCUUUGUGUUUGUUUAGGUGUAGGCUGCAUGGUUUUCAUUGCAUUUUACAUAAAAGGAGGCCUUAUUCUUAUUUAUCAAUAUAUUUUAGUUGAGUGAGAAAAGGCGUUUUAUAUGAACAUAUCAGUCAGAAGAAGUAGAAGAAGAAUGUGUCUUUGAUAAAGCUGGAGAAAGAGAGAUCCAAAUAUUUAUGGCAUAUCUGAUUAUAGCCUGGGUUUUUGUUUUUUAAUUUCUUGGACAAACUGACCAAAAUCUGAUCUUCCUCGUCCAAACUGUUAGAAGAAAAGAAAAAAUGAUAUGUCAUUUAUUGAUGCAGCUAGUAGAUUUCACCGAAACAUCCAAGUAAACUCAUUUCCAUUUUCAUUUUGAUGUAUACUUCUUGCAAAAGUUUUAAAUUCACCAAAGUAUAUCGAGUAUACACUAAAAGAAGUAGUAGAAGAAGGGAGUGCGAAGAAGGAACAUUAGUACAUAGAUGGAUGUUCCUGAGUAGAUUUGUUUUAUAUUAUGUAUUUACAAAAAUGAGAUCAUUUAAACCAUUCUGAAUAUAUUUGCAGUCUUAUGUUGAGGGACAGUAUUGUACAGUGUAAAAUCAUUCUUAUCCAGUACAUAUUUUGUUUCCUUCUCUUUACAUUAAGUCAUGUAUCAGAUUUAUAUAGUUUUUAUGACUGACUUGGGGUGCUAGGUUAGAUCAAUCGUUUAUUUCGGGAGGUACGGAUGAGUUCUUUAAUAGUGUCUUCUCAUCAAAAUGCUGUAUCUGAUAUCGUAAGGCCAGUUCCCGUGAUAAAAAACCUUUUAGGUCUUGCCUUCUUAUUUCUUUUUACACAGAAAUGUUGAGAAAAUAAUGUCUAGAAAGCCCCCUACUGUCAACAUUUCGCCUCAAGACGAUGGUAUUUACAAUGAUUGUAUGCAUCAAGCUUGUACCCCGUAUUAUUAAAAUAAUGUAGGAAGACAUACAAACAUACAAACUCAUUCCACACCAUACGGGAUUGAUAACUAUGCUAAUUUGGUUUAUCACUCCAAAAUAUAUGCAUGUCUUGUUUUUGCUAUGUAAACAAACAUCACUUUCUUAAUUUCUUGAUUGUUUUGCAGCACUUUCACCUUUAUUUAAGAAAAUGGAGAGUAUGGGAGAAAGUUGUACUAUUAUUGAUAUUGUUAUAAAUCAUGAAAACAUUAAUUUUAGAAGGGAAGGCAAAUGUAGAAAACUUUACGGAGCACUACUUAGAUUAGGUAGUAUAAUUACCCAUCAAUUGUGCCAGGUUUCUUUCUUCACGUGGCAUGUUCCAUCAAUUCUUGUUUCAAAUAUAAUUAAUUUGUAUAAAAAAGCCUCAAUAUAUUCCCUUAGGAUUAGCUUCGUAAUUGAAGAUUUUAUUGAUCAAUUUCAGCAAGUUAUUGCUGAUGGUUAUCAAAUGUUAAUGGAAAAAAAGUGAUAAGGAAUUGAAAUGUUGUCUGUCUCUUCCUGGAACAAUUAUGUGCACUUUGAUCUUUUCAAAGACUUGAUAUGUUAAAAAGAAUAAAACACAUUGUAGCUUUCAUAUUAAAUAUGUAUCGGAAGAAAUUUCUCACACUAAAA